AUGUCGAUGGGCGGGGGCAACAACAAUGGCAAUGCCAAUGGCGGCAACAUGGGUGCUGGCCUCGGCUUUGGCAUGAUCAGCAACGCCAACCAGAUGCACAGCAACAUGUCCAAUGGCGUUCAGUCACAGGAGACUGGCAACUCUCAGCCCAAUUCCGAGUACACUCUCGCUGGCAUCCUGCAUCAUUUGCAGGGCGAAUGGCGAAGAUACGAACGCGAUCGCAACGAAUGGGAGAUCGAGAGAGCCGAGAUGCGUGCGCGCAUCGCCUUGCUCGAAGGAGAGCGAAGAGGCGUCGAGAACCUCAAGACCGAUCUCAUGAGGAGAGUCAAGAUGCUCGAAUACGCACUGCGACAGGAGCGAUCCAAGUAUCUAUCGUCGAGUGGCGCCGUUCAGUCGUCUUCAUCUCCACUUUCUUCGCAGGCACCUCAAGUCAAGAAUCCGCUCUUGCAGGGCCUGGAAAGGGGUACCAUCAGCAGCGGCCGCAGUUCGCCCGCUCCGUUUGCAGAUUCUGCUCCUCCAACGUCGGCCAACGCUAGUGCCCUUGCAGCCGGCCUGCUGUCGCGAUCUACAUCGAGCGCAAAGGAUCCCAAAUCGCGUGCAAAGAGCCGCGAAUAUCUGAAGCAAUGCCUGCAAGAAAUCUCGUACCUCACUUCAGCCUCCACAAUGAAUCCGCUCCCGGAUCGCGGCAUCGCCUCGGGCUCUUCGGUCAAUGGCAAUCACAUACAGAGCGCGCUGCGACCAAGAAAAAUGAUGCUUGAGAGUGUACCACCCACGCUUCCCGGGCCUACAGAGUCGCAUGCAGCUAUGGCAGGAUCGAUCAGUCGCGCAUCGGCGGCCACUGCACUUGGUGUGCCGAAUGCCAAGGCUGGUCGACCUGGUCGUUCGCCUCUGUUCGCCUCAGAGCCUGUGCUCGAAGAAGGAAACGAGGGCGAGGAGGUCGUCAGCGGUGCCGCGUCUUCGGGCGAGGCUGGAACAGAGCCGAAAGAGCAGCACAGCUCUGACAGCUCUGACAGCUCUGACAGCUCUGGUAGCUCCGACAGCAUUGCACUUAAGAACCCGUUGAGUGCCACCUUCGUCGAGCCAGAAGCAUCGGGCGAUUCCAACCCGAACGAUUGUUCUGAUGAACGCGACCAGGAUGACGCACCAGGCAGCUCAGGUUCUUCCGACUCGUCACGAUCUUCGCAAUCAACAGACUCGCGCGGUACUUCAGCCAGCAGCCUCACUGAUCAGGAACUCGAUGAUCAGGAGCAAGUGACGGCGAUCUACAAGCCCGGCGGUCGAGACUGGCAAAAGCUCAAAGAGGCUAGUCUACAAAGCCGAGAGCGUCGAGAAGCGGAGCGACAGAGCCAAAUUGUGGGGGAAGCUUCGAUCAUCUCUGAAGCGCAGCAGCAGCUGGCGAUCACGUCAGAAAAGGUGAAUCAGCUCAUGAACCGCAGCGGUCGCGCUCCGGGUCCGGAGCGCAAGGACGAAGAUAAUCUUGCCAACAUCAGUCUGACGGACGAAGAUGAGGAGGCCGUCAAGGAGGCAGCCGACGCAGCGGCAGACAGCCAGUUGUGGAAGUCGAAAAAGGUGCUGCGCAGCCAUUUGGAUGCGGUGCGGGCUGUGGCAUUCUUGCAGAAUGAGAUGACGCUGCUCUCGGCUUCGGACGAUAACACGAUCAAGUUCUGGAACCUGGAUGCGGGCACGUUGAAUCAGCCUGCGGCCAAGUCUGGCACCGACAGUCAACCAAUUGUGACGUUCCGUGGCCAUUCUGCCGGAGUGACGUGCCUGGCGGUGUCGCCGAACAAGCGGCGGUUCUACAGUGGCAGCUUGGACUCGUCCGUCCGUGUGUGGCAGCUGCCCGAUAGUGGGUUGGACGCAUACCCGCCGUUUGAAAAGUCGAUGGAGCUGGGCUGUCUGGUGGGACACUCUCAGGCGGUGUGGGAUGUCGCUCUGCUUCCGGAUCGCUCCGACGAAGAAGGACGAGUCGCAAGCGCUUCAGCAGACGGCACGGUAAAGAUCUGGAGCGUGCGAAGCGGCAACACUGGGGCAGGUUCGAACAGCAACGGCGAUAGUGGUGUUGGCGCGGCGCCUGCAAUUCUACAGCUCAGCUGGGAUUACUUUGGCAGCGAGCCUUGGCCGGAUACAGCCAAAGAGCGCGAGAACCUGGAAAAGAGCGGUACGCUGCCGGUGCCUACGUGCGUGGACGUGUGUCACUCGGAUCUGCGGCUGGUGGCUGUGUCGUACUCGAACUCGGUGGUGAAGCUGUUCGAGGUGGAUACGGGCCGCCAAGUGCGACAGCUCAAGAGCGACGAGACAUACGAUGGAACGGGCGAGACACAGAUCAACAAGCUGGUCACACAUCCAACUUUGCCCAUGCUGAUCACGGCGCACGAAGACGGCUACAUUCGCAUGUUUGAUCUGGACAGUGGCGCUUGUACGCUGUCGAUGGUAGCGCACCUGGACGCAGUGACUUCGCUCGACAUUGACGCGUCCGGUCUGACGCUCGUUUCUGGAGGACAUGACUGCAGCGUGCGGUUCUGGGAAAUUGCGGGUGGAUCGCUAGCGGGCAAAGACGGAGCUGUGACAGGAGGUGAAGGGGACAAGUCGAGUGCGGUAUGCAGACAGGAGAUCAGCUCGCAUCGGAACAAGGCAAGUGAAGGAGUGCUGGCGGUCAAGUACCAUCCGACAGCGCCUUACUUUGCUUCUGCUGGUGCAGACGGCGUUAUCCGCAUCUACGGAUGA